ACUGAUAAAUCCAAGUUUAUUGUCAUUCUGAUUCCAAUUUGGCAUAUACAUCUGACCAUUUCUGAUUCUUUAAUUUUGUUUCCUUCACUUAAAUAUGGGCAAUUUCAAUCAUAUAUGUCCGCCCGCAUCAACCCAUAUCUGAGUUUAUAUUCUUACAUAUACAUAUAUAUGGCUUUUAUUUUCCCUAUCAAAAUAAAUAUCUGACAGAUUCCAGAAUUGAAGAAGUUUACUGUAAUUUUUAGGAGAGAAUUUUGAUGGGUCACCAGCCUUUUGGGCCGGUCUGCUCUUAGGCACAUUGAUCUGAAGGCUGGUCCCAGAAUAUGUGCCCAUUCUCCCACAGUGCUUCUCAUUCCUUCUGCUAUGAGUUUUGAGCUUCUGGUGACUGACAAGUGAAAGAAAGGAUAACCUUUGAAGUUGGAACGAGAAGGUUUGUCACUAGCUGUUGACUUGUAUACAGAAUGAGCAGCACGGUCUCGGGUGUUAUCUCGAGGCAAGUCUUGCCAGCAUGUGGUACCCUUUGUUUCUUUUGCCCGGCAAUGAGGGCGAGGUCAAGGCAGCCCGUGAAAAGGUACAAGAAGUUAAUAUCCGACAUUUUCCCUAAGUCACAGGAAGAAGAACCAAAUGACCGUAAGAUUGGUAAACUAUGUGAAUAUGCAGCCAAAAAUCCUUUGCGCAUUCCAAAGAUUACAGCCUCACUCGAGCAAAGGUGUUACAAGGAAUUAAGAAACGGGAAUUUUCAAUCAGUAAAAGUUGUUUUGUGCAUAUACACGAAGUUGAUAGUGUCUUGCAAGGAACAGAUGCCACUGUUUUCAAGUAGCGUGCUAAGCAUCAUAAAUGUUCUUCUUGAUCAAACACAACAAGAUGAUAUGCUUAUAAUAGGCUGCCAAUCAAUCUUCGAUUUUGUAAGCAAUCAGAAAGACGGAACCUACAUGUUUAACUUUGAAGGAUUUAUUCCGAAACUCUGUCCAUUGGCACAAGAAAUGGGAGAAGAUGAUAGAGCGAAUCAUAUUCGUGCAGCUGCACUCCAAGCACUAUUUGCCUUGGUUAGGUUCAUGGGGGAACGUUCGCAUAUUUCAGUUGAGUUUGAUAAUAUUGUUUCAGUAGUCUUGGAAAAUUAUGAGAGGCAAAGCAAGGAAUCUCAAGACCCCGGCGAGAGUAAUGGCAUGCUAGAGAAUGACAAGGGUGAACUGAACAUUUCAGUGGAGGAUGCCAAGAACCCUUUCUUUUGGUCUAGGAUUAGCCUAUAUAUCAUGGCUAGAUUAGGCAAUGAGGCUACAACAAUGCGACGUGUUCUUGAAUCUUUGUUCCGUUACUUUGAUAAUGAGAAUUCAUGGCCUAUGGAAUAUGGAGUUGCGUUUCCAGUUUUGAAGGACAUGCAGCACAUAAUGGAUGAUUCAGGAGAGAAUACGCACUUUCUACUGUCAACAUUGGUCAAGCAUCUCGAUCACAAAAAUGUUUUAAAACAACUUGAAAUUCAGCUUGACAUUGUUAAGGUUGCAACCUCCCUCUCUCAGCAUACAAAGAUUCAGAAUUCGGUGGCUUUAAUUAGGUCAAUAAGUGAUGUUAUGUGGCAUUUACGUAAAAGUAUGCAUCGUUCUAUCGAUGAUGCACAUUUGGGAGCUGAGGUGAUAGAGUGCAACAAAAAUUUCCAAGAAGCAGUGGACGAGUGCCUUGUGGAGUUAUGCAAUAAGAUAGGCGAUGCGGGUCCAAUACUUGAUGUAAUGGCCGUGAUGUUGGAGAAUAUGUCGAGUAUCACAAUCGUAGCAAGAACUGUGAUGGCUGCUGUCUAUCGUACUGCACAAAUAGUAGCUCCUCUUCCUAAUUUGUCUUGUCAGAAAAAGGCAUUCCCCGAGGCUUUGUUUCAUCAGUUAAUACCAGCAAUGGUGCAUCCUGAUCAUGAAACACGGAUUGGAGCUCACCAGAUCUUCUCUGUUGUACUUGUUCCUUCUUCUGUUUGCCCCGAUAAGGGCUCAGAUGUGGCUAUCGUGCAGAAAGGUGCAGGACUUCCAAGAACACUAUCAAGAAACGUUUCUGUUUUCUCAUCUUCAGCUGCACUUUUCGGGAAGCUUGGAAACCAGAGAUUUCCAAGCGAGAAUGUUAAUCAUGAGAAUAAAGAGAAACCCUUUGCAGAAGAGGACGAGAGAAACAAUAAUAGUGGGAUGCUGAAUAGAAUCAAGUCAACCUAUAGUCGAGCAUAUAGCACGAAAGGUUCGCCUGCACCUACUGAAGAAUCUACAGACAAACCAAGUAAAAGACCGGAUGUCGGUUCUCUAAGGCUGACUAACCACCAAAUCAGACUCCUACUUUCUUCAAUUUGGGUUCAGUCAACUUCCCCUGAAAAUCUACCCGCAAAUUAUGAAGCUAUCGCACACACGUAUAGCUUGGUUUUACUGUUCUCUUUAGCAAAGAACUCUUAUCGUGACGCUAUGGUACUAAGUUUUCGGCUUGCAUUUUCAUUACGAAAAGUUCCUCUUGCUGAGGGAGGGGCACUGCCACCGUCACGUAGACGUUCCCUUUUUGUCUUGGCGACAUCUAUGAUUAUUUUUGCUGCAAACGCUUACAAUAUCCCUUCUCUAAUUGCACGCGCCAAAGCAAUGCUUGGAGAUAAAACGGGUGAUCCUUAUUUGCGUUUGGUUGAUGAUAGCAAGUUACAAGCAGUUGAAACGGGAUCUGGUUCGGGGAAAGUUACGUAUGGAUCCAAAGAGGAUGAUGAUUCAGCUUUGAUGUGUCUUUCGCAAAUAGAAAUAAAAAACGAGCAGUCUACAGCCUCUUUGGUUUCUAUAAUAAUGGAGAGUUUGGAUAAUCUGUCAAAUACCGAAGUGUCCACUAUAAUAAGGAAGGCGUUGUUAAAAGACUUUUCCCCCGAAGAUCUGAGUUUGGUUGAAGCUCGGUUGUUCAAAGAUGCCAAACAGAGUUAUGAGCAAUCUGGUUCAAAUGACAACAAAUCUAUGGAGGAACCUCUUUUUCCAAUAGACGAUGAUGUUUUGGAUUCGAUUGAAAGUGUGGCAAUAGAAAUUCCCGAUCUGCUUAAUGUUAAUCAAAUUCUAGAAUCUGUUUUGGAGACGGCUGGACAAGUCGGGGGAGCCUCUGUCAAUUUACAACCCGAUUUUUCUUUCAACGAGAUGGCAAAUCAUUGCGAGGCACGUCUUGCUGGAAAGAAACGGAAGAUGAUAAACCUGAUUAGUAUCCAGGGCGAAAACUGGUUCCUGGCGCAGAAUCUUCCCGUGCAGUGUGCUGCAGAAUGCCAGCAACCUCCAGAUUCCCUUAUGCUUCCUGCACUGAGACCAUUCGAUACUUUUCUGAGAGCAGCGGGAUGCUGAGACGAGAUUUUUUGAGAUUCUGCAGAUCUUCACGCAAUAUUUGAGGUUCAUAAACGUCGAGUUUUACACUUUUUGGGGGAGAGGUUAUCGCUUGUACAGAUGGGAUUUGUUGAGUUCUUUUGGUGCUUGCCAGUCAAGUUCUUGCAACACUCAUACCAGAUACACAGGGGAGGCAUAUAUGCUGCAGAUUUUACCUCACAGAAACAUAAAUAGUUUAGCCAGAUAUGAGGUUUUUACUUAUCCUAAUUCCUAAACUAUAUAAGUUAACUAACCCUUUCUUUUCCCUAAAAUCUCAGGUUCAAUGCAUGUAAUUUCUUCAUUAAAUUAAUGACACUGACAGCAGUAAUUUGGAAGAAAACUAGCCUUGUUUUUUUUUU